UAGGUGUCGAUAUAAUCGCGAGUGGUAGCCCCAUCCCUAUAUCUGCUUUGCUUGUUUUCUUUUCUUUUACAAUACAAAACCAAUACGUUUAGAAUUACACCCAGGCAAACGGUGAAAUCCAAAUAUUUGCAAGCCUUUAAGAUACUAAAAGAAGAAGCCAAUUUUUCGCGAUGAGUGCACAACCAAGUCCGCUUAUGAAUCCCCAGCAGCAACAACAACAGCAACAGCAGCAGCAACAACAACAACAACAGCAGCAGCAGCAGCAACAACAACAACAACAGCAGCAGCAGAGUGAGCAGGAGAAGGUGUACCAAUGGAUCAACGAGCUGGCCCACCCGGAAACGCGCGAAACCGCACUUCUCGAGCUGAGCAAAAAACGGGAGACCGACCUGGCACCCAUGCUGUGGAACAGCUUUGGCACAGCCUGCGCCCUGCUGCAGGAGAUUGUCAAUAUAUAUCCCUCGAUAACGCCGCCUACGCUGACGGCUCACCAAUCGAAUCGCGUUUGCAACGCUCUGGCCUUGCUGCAGUGCGUCGCCUCGCACCCGGAAACGCGUACGGCCUUCCUGCAGGCCCAAAUACCACUCUACUUAUACCCUUUCUUGUCCACCACCUCGAAGACCAGACCUUUUGAGUACCUGCGCCUGACCAGUCUGGGCGUCAUUGGAGCACUAGUCAAGACCGAUGAACAAGAGGUAAUCACUUUUCUACUGACCACUGAGAUUGUGCCGCUUUGCCUCAGCAUCAUGGACAGCGGAUCGGAGUUGAGCAAGACUGUGGCCACCUUUAUUAUCCAGAAGAUAUUGCUUGAUGAGUCCGGGUUGUCUUACAUAUGCCAGACUUACGAACGCUUCUCCCAUGUGGCCAUUACUUUGGGCAAAAUGGUCAUCCAAUUGGCAAAAGAUCCUUGCGCUCGUCUGCUCAAGCAUGUGGUGCGCUGCUAUUUGCGACUUUCGGACAACACUCGCGCUCGCAAGGCACUUGGCCAAUGUUUGCCCGACCAACUACGAGAUGGAACCUUUGCGCUGUGCCUGCAGGACGACAAGUCAACCAAACAGUGGCUGCAGAUGCUACUCAAGAAUCUGGAACUUGGCGCCACACCGCAACAGAUCGGCAUGUCGCCGCUGGGCUCCUAGAAAGUGGACGCCACAGACUCUCCCGAUCCGCGCUAUUUCAAGUAUUGCUUAGACAUCUGCAAGACCCUGUCAUCCUUGAGACUUUGCAAGUCAUAUCUAUAAGUGAUUCCCAUUUGCUAGUUAUCUGCUCGACCGAAUAUUAUGAUAAACUAGCACGAGAUUGCCUGAGUUUAACCUAAGCAGAGCUGUAAUAUAAAAUUCUAAUAUACUACCGAUAAAGUUAUGUUAAUACUAAGUUCGUCACUGAUAGAAAAUAAAGAACCUCAAGCAGA